AGAAGAAGAAGAAUUUUCGUCGCGCGAAGAGAAGAGAAUGCAGGCGGCGGUACGGAAACGUCAAAGCAAUGCGUCCCAGUCGUCAAUAAACCCCAGCCAACCAGGGUCGAAGCCAAAAGGGUCAUCAAUGAAGAGGCCACAGUUCCACUUUGACCUGUGGUUCUAUCUCACAGUGCAAAACUGGGUACUGGACUUUGGAAGGCCCAUUGUAAUGAUCAUUCUCCCUCUGGAGUGGUUCCCCCUGAACAAACCCAGUGCUGGAGACUACUUUCACAUGGCCUACAAUGUCAUCACGCCAUUCCUACUGCUCAAGCUGAUUGAGCGGAGUCCCAGGGCCCUGCCUCGCUCCGCUGUGUACCUGAGCAUCAUCACCUUUGUGAUGGGCGCCAGCAUCCACCUGGUGGGAGACUCCAUCAACCACCGUCUCCUGCUGAGCGGUUACCAGCUCCACCUGUCUGUCAGAGAGAACCCCAUCAUCAAAGACCUCAAACCUGCUACACUGAUUGAUUCGUUUGAACUUCUUUAUUUUUAUGAUGAACAGCUGGGACAUUUAAUGUGGUAUAUUCCUUUCUUCAUCAUCCUCUUCCUCUACUUCACCGGCUGUUUUACUCACGUCAAAGAGGAUAAGACGAUGCCCCUGUCUGGUUGGCUGCUGCUCGGACCCAGUGCCCUCUACUAUUGGUACUUGGUCACAGAGGGUCAGAUCUUCCAACUCUUCCUCCUCACCUUCCUAGCUAUGGUAGCCACCGUGAUCCACCAGCGACAUAAGGGCUCGGUCCCGGACGCCAACGGCCACUUUCUGUUCGCCAGCUUCUCUGUCACCAUGUGCCUGGUCGCCGUGUGGGUGGCCUGGCUGUGGAGCGACCCAGUGCUGCGUAAGAAAUAUCCCGGUCUCUUGUACGUCCCCGAACCCUGGUCCUACUACACGUUACACGUCAAGGACAGCCAAUGAUGGGAGUGACAACAGAAUUUACAGGUCUGAAACUUUCCUUCGCCAGAUAAAUGGUGUAUCUGCUCCCAAAUGGUGGAAUGACAUCAUCAGCAAGCGCCACAUGGAGUGUGGAUCAAGCACAGUGUUGUGGUGCAUUCUGGGACAGGCCCCUCUUUUCUACAGUUGCACCCAACCCCGUCUACAUGACAAUGACCAUCUUACAGUAUGUAAUGUUACAGUAUUCAUUUAAAAUGAGCCAAACUUUGAAAUGAACUCAAAGAAAGGUCAGUGUCGUAUGUACUUGAACAUCAUUGGAUUGCUUCAUGUAAGUUGUUUAAACAUUUGAAAAUCAGAUCAUUUUUGUAAUAAAUGUUUCUUACUCCA